UAUUUUGAAAUCCACCGGAUAUAACGCCCCCCUUUACUCCAUUCAUGACGAGGCCGAUCAGCUGUCUUUCGGUUAUCGGAGUUUAAAUUUCUUAAUAAUAAGUCACACCAGGAGCGCAUUGUAACACAUUAUGUCUUCCAACAAUAUGGCAGACCCGAGGAGACAAAAUAAGAUUUUAAGGUACAAGCCGCCCAGCACAGAGACCAAUCCCACACUGGAGGACCCCACGCCCGACUACAUGAACCUGCUCGGCAUGAUCUUCAGCAUGUGUGGACUGAUGCUCAAGCUGAAGUGGUGUGCCUGGAUCGCAGUCUACUGCUCUUUCAUCAGCUUUGCAAACUCCAGAAGUUCAGAGGACACCAAACAGAUGAUGAGCAGCUUCAUGCUGUCCAUCUCAGCAGUUGUGAUGUCCUACCUCCAGAACCCACAGCCAAUGUCGCCGCCAUGGUAACCAAGGGCCAAUCACAGAAUAACACAGAAGUAAAUUGUGAAUGCUGGAGUUGGUGACGAAACAGCUGAUUGGCUCCCCUGGCCAUCAUGGAGGAAAAACAGAGGCGGAAAGGAAGAUAAUGUGAUAGAAAGAGAAGAAGCGAGAGAAAACAGAUGACCGGGGGGGCAGUAAAGAGGACUACGUCAAAGUGGAGAGCUCACAUGGUCUUUGACUGUGUUCUCAUGUUUUUCUCUUUUUAACCUUUUCUAAGUUUGUUUGUUGAUGAAAAAUUUUACUGCUCGGCUGAUCUGUUGCAGGAUUUCGUAAAUAAAGCGGUAUGGUUUUAAAAAGAA